UAGAGAAUGGUCUGGGGCAGCUGGGCAGGGAGUCACCGGCAGUGUUACUUCCAAAGUUAUGCCCUCUUUUAUCAGGGUUGGGUUUCUCGAUGUGCUGGAGUUCUGUUUUGUUCUCCAUUUCUGAAGCCUGUUUGCUGUCAUGGUCUGUGCUAUACAUCUACAAGUCAGCUGACUGUGGUCUUCCUUGGGCGCAUUAUCAGAAUUACACUGGACUGACAAGCUCAGAAAAAUACUUCACUGGUGAAGUCUUAGGUGUAUCUUCUGGAUUAGAAAUAUUUGGCAACAUCCAGGGUAAUUUAGUGAUUGCACUAGCACUCACAUGGGGCGCUGUUGCAGCUUGUCUUGCGGCAGGAGUCCGUCAUACUGGAAAGCUGUGCUAUGUAACAACACCAGCAACAUUCCUUGCUGCCGGAAUCUUAUUCAUCCGCGGCCUCUUGCUGUGGAACAGGAACGUGUCACAGGCCGUGCUGCCGAACUGGAGUAAGCUGGCAGAUCUGACUGUGUGGCUGACGGCUGGGUGCUAUGUGUUCCACUCAUUGAAUCUUGGUCUCGGAGGUUUAACAGUAAUCAGUAGCCAUAAUAAACGGACCACUAACCUACUCAGGGAUUCAGUGCUGAUGUGCCUCUUUCACUUCAUAUGGGGAGUCAUGAUGUGGUUGACGUACGUGUGUCUCAUGGCUGACUACCGAGAGAACAGUGAGAUAACGAAGAACAUCAGUGGGGGAUCUUGGAUUCUAUUUGUUGUGUUUGCGAGAGGAUUCAGCAUUCUGCCACAUGGAAAUGCAUUUGCUAUGGCAAUGUACAUCAUGGUAUUUUUUGUAGGCACUUGGGGGGAGAGGUGGUAUAGCUCCUACUCAUUCUUAACCUCAGCACUAGACAGGGGUGUCUGGUCAGUGUCGCACCCUGGCGGCGCUUUACCUCCAGCAAGGGACUCUGGUUCCCAUUGGAUCGGAGGCUAGGUAGGCCUCAGAGCCAGUCUGGACGCAGAGGCUAGAAGAAAAAUACUCUGCCCCCAUCGGGGAUCGAAUCCCGGUCGUCCAGUCUGUAGUCAGUCACUAUACUGACUGUCCCACCUGCUUCAACAAUCAGUAACUCUGCAUUUUGUAUUUAUGGGUUUUGUUUGAUUCUCGCUGUAAAUAGUUGUUAUUCCUUACAUAGCAUCAAUCAGUUGAUCUUUGUAAUGGUGAAGUGUAGUGUUUUAUUUGCAGUAUGGACUGAAUUAUUAAAUAUAUUUAGAUGAGCUUCAGCUCAAAAGAGUAAACAGAAGGCUAAGAGCAUGUAUAUAAUUUCCGCAUUUUGAGUUUCUCAUUACAAAGCCUAAUCAAAGCAUAAUAUGGAUCAUAACUGUAUUUGCAAUGUUCACAUGGAAAGACAUUUUAUAAUUAAUGAUAAAACUAAGAUCCUUGAUUCAUUCUACUCUUUAUAAUUCCUCAUCAUUAGUAGUACAUACAGACUCUUGAGUAAAUUUUGUUGUUGUGGUUGAUUGAUAAGUGCAUUAACAGACACAGACAAAUGUGAUGAUUCAUGGCAGAAGUAUGUAAUUGACUGGCAUUGCUGCAUAAGACCAAGAGAUGGGCAAAGUCAGUAAAAUAGCAGUAUAAAAUCUGAAGUUACAGUUUGUCUGAACAGGAUCAGGAGAUGAUUAAACAACAACAUUUAGAUAUGUCGUU